GCUAUUGGGACAGAUAUUACAAAUGACUUUUAUAACACACAUGAAAAUAAAAUUUUCGAAGAGACAGAUUCCUCAGAAGCUUUAUUAAUUCCCAAAGACAUACCUUCUAAAAAGUACUCGUCUGUGCUUGCAAAACAUAUUGAUCAUCUUCAAGGAAAACCAGAACCUCGAACUAAACUGACAGCUGCCAAAUUCAUCGAUAACAUUAAUGUAAAAUUUUAUUCUAGAGAACCGUUGGCACAACACGCUCAUAGCAGAUUUGCCAUGCAGCAAAUAGUGUCGAUGGUUAUAGGCAAAGUAAAUGAAGAAAUGAAGAUGAAUGAAAAAGGACAUUUGGUCCAAGGUGGUACUUUUCAUACUCUAGAAAGCAAACCUGUUGAGAUAGACACAAAAAGUAUCAAAUUUCACCGUUAUAGGCUUACAAGCAAGAAAAUGAUUAAUGCAAAUGUCGAAUAUCCUGUGAUGAGGUUUACAUUUUCCAAAAUACAUCAAGACGAAAAAAACGUUUACUCUGAAAAAUUCUUACCUGGACAUUACAUUGAGGUGCAAUCUAGAGUAAAUGGUCAAAUUGUGAUUAGAAGCUAUACUCCUUUGGAAGCAUUUGGUAUGGGUACAAUAAUAUUCACAUUUUCUAUGUCUAAUAAGAAAGCUGUAACCGUAGAGUUCAAAAGACCUCUCAAUCCACCAGGAAGAAAACGAAUUACUCAUGGUGACAUGAAAU